AUGCGUUCAACGGCUACUGUGCUCGGACUCGAACGCAAAGGUCGCCAAAGUAAACCGCGUAGACGAAAUAUUAAUAUCUUAUCGCGGUCGUCGACUUUUCCAAAGUAUCAGAGAAAAAAAUCAUAUCCAGGUCGAUUUCCUAUUUCGAUAAAAAUCAACUUACCAUCCACUCGUUUAACAUCUUGCAUAAACAGCAUAAUUUUUCGGACGUGCCACAGUAAGAACAUCGCAACUUGCUUUCGUCGAACAAAUGUUACCAGAUUUCAUUUACCACCUCAUUUUUACGCAAAUGGUUUGAAACAACAUAUGAUUGAGACGCGAGUGAAAAAGAAGAUUGGCACCAGAGGACCUUAUGAUACGUUUACAGGACCCAGAGAUUCAGGAACAGGAAAAAAAUGUUAUUUUUUAUCGGACAAUUGGCCACUCCCACUCGAGUGCUACAAAUCCCAUAAUUGUAACCGAACUUACACAAAUGUAUUUAAAUCGGUAUUUAUACCGAUAAGAAAAGUAAAACGCUAUGUACCAGAAUUUUCUUGUGUAGAAAUGCCCAAUUGGUUACCAAAAAAAAAAAAUAAAUAUCCAUUUAACAGUACACAAAAGAUCGGCAGCCGUCCGAAAUUUAAUGAAUACUUGUAUUACCCGGGACCGAACCGCUACAAAACACAUCUUUUUAAACGAAGCGUCGUAAAUGGACACACAAACGUAUUCAAAAGUACUGCUGCGCAAAGGAUGGAGAUAGCACGCAAAGGCCAUGGCGGCGUAUUUGAUUAG